GCCGUCCUCGGCCGAGGAGGCUGGUAAACGCGAGCGCAGGCGGCAAAGAGGCCUUAACGGCGUCCCUUUUGCCGCCGCCUUCUUUUUGCCGCGCGCCACUGUGCAUUUCUCUCCUUUUUCUUUGUUUCUUUGGCCCCUCGCGGGUGUGGGCAUUCCUGGUGAGCAAAAGUGCAGCCUCAAGAUGGCUGAUGGCAACGAGGAUAUGCGGGCGGACGACUUGCCGGGGCCAGCCUUCGAGAGCUAUGAGUCCAUGGAGCUCGCCUGCCCCGCCGAGCGCAGCGGCCACGUAGCCGUCAGCGACGGGCGCCACAUGUUCGUCUGGGGCGGCUACAAGAGUAAUCAAGUCAGAGGAUUAUAUGACUUUUAUCUGCCUAGAGAAGAACUAUGGAUCUACAACAUGGAGACUGGAAGAUGGAAAAAAAUCAACACUGAAGGUGAUGUUCCUCCUUCUAUGUCAGGAAGCUGUGCUGUGUGUGUAGACAGGGUGCUGUACUUGUUUGGAGGACACCAUUCAAGAGGCAAUACCAAUAAGUUCUACAUGCUGGAUUCAAGGUCUACAGACAGAGUGUUACAGUGGGAAAGAAUUGAUUGCCAAGGAAUUCCUCCAUCAUCAAAGGACAAACUUGGAGUCUGGGUAUAUAAAAACAAGUUAAUAUUUUUUGGAGGGUAUGGAUAUUUGCCUGAAGAUAAAGUAUUGGGAACUUUUGAAUUUGAUGAAACAUCUUUUUGGAAUUCAAGUCAUCCAAGAGGAUGGAAUGAUCAUGUACAUAUUUUAGAUACUGAAACAUUUACCUGGAGCCAGCCUAUAACUACUGGUAAAACACCUUCACCUCGUGCUGCCCAUGCCUGUGCAACUGUCGGAAAUAGAGGCUUUGUGUUUGGAGGCAGAUAUCGAGAUGCUAGAAUGAAUGAUCUUCACUAUCUUAAUCUGGAUACAUGGGAGUGGAAUGAAUUAAUUCCACAAGGCAUAUGCCCAGUUGGCCGAUCUUGGCACUCACUAACACCAGUUUCUUCAGAUCAUCUUUUUCUCUUUGGAGGAUUUACCACUGAUAAACAGCCACUAAGUGAUGCCUGGACUUACUGCAUCAGUAAAAAUGAAUGGAUACAAUUUAAUCAUCCAUAUACUGAAAAACCAAGGUUAUGGCACACAGCUUGUGCCAGUGAUGAAGGAGAAGUAAUUGUUUUUGGUGGAUGUGCCAACAACCUGCUUGUCCAUCACAGAGCUGCACACAGUAAUGAAAUACUAAUAUUUUCAGUUCAACCAAAAUCUCUUGUACGGCUAAGCUUAGAAGCAGUCAUUUGCUUUAAAGAAAUGUUAGCCAACUCAUGGAACUGCCUUCCAAAACACUUACUUCACAGUGUUAAUCAGAGGUUUGGUAGUAACAACACUUCUGGAUCUUAACGCUUCAUAAAUAAUGCCUGUGAUCACCUUGCAUGGACAGCAAUCCUGUAAACAUCACAGAGUGGCAUCAUUUGUAUAAUUAUAUGCAUUGUUGUAGUUUGCAGCUUUUGGUUUUAAUGUGCAUGUGAAUGGCCUAGAGAACCUAUUUUUGUGUCUAUAAAGUUUACAAUAAAUGUAUUUAACACCA